CCAGUGUAGACAUGGCCUUAGUGUCCCCAGAAGCAAAGAAGACGACGGCACAGUACCCAGUUAUGCCCUCUGGUUAGAGCUGUCAGUGAUCCCAAGUUCCCACUGCUUCUCCUGGAAAAACAAGAGAUAAUUGGUAUGUGGUAAUUGCAAAUCAGACCUCGCACAGCCAGCUCUUCACAGCUCAGGUGUAGCUGCAUCACCUGCUCACACCGUGUCUCUGCUGUAAUCUUACAUCUGUACAACUACAAAUCCCCCCCCGAGCAACAUCGCGACCCUGACCUAACCCCUGGUACAGGCAGAGCCAUGUCGGCGGAAGAGCUCUCGGCGAGGUGGCUCAGCUGGCGGGAAAAGCUCUCCCAUCAGCGUCGGGAGCGUCUUCCCACGGAAGAGCUACAGCGGCCCAGGCGCAGGGUUUAAUGUGCAGACUGACCCUCGCGGUGGUGGGCGCAGAGGUUGCAGAGGCUGCUCUGAUCCCCCUCACACAGGUUACCCACGGGUACAACUUCGCCUAGUGGAGCUGCUCCUGAUUUACAACGGGGGGAGUGAAAAGCGGAGUCAGAUCCAGCAACUGCCGUGGAGUUACUCCACAUCUACACUACUGUGAUGGAUGGCUCAGAAAAAAACAUUUUCAAAAUGUUGUAUCUUGGCCAAAUCAAAAUCAGAUUUCAGCUGGACACCUCCUGGCUGGAUUUCCGAAUUUCCGCCUUCGACCUGUUUCAAACAAAAACAAAGACUUUUAUAAUAACCAAAGUGUCUAUUUUUCACGAUCUUUGUUGUUAGAAAAAAGAUAAAACUGUUUAAUUGCUUAAAUGUGCCAGAAAAAAAAAUCACCCUCAGGUAAGAGCCAGAGAGCUCUGUGCAGGUCGAUUAUCGACAAGACAGAGAUGAGGGGAUAGAGGGGAAAGGGUAAGAAAUUACGUGUCAGACACAUAUCCUGUCAAGCAAUUCCUGAGCCGCUCUAGUGGGAUCCGAAUUCCAGUCCCCUCUGCUUGUAGAAGCAAAGAGACAAUGCGGGACUCACCCACACUGAUCUAAACCCCUCACCUCGAUGGAAAAGUGGCUGGGUGGAGCUCACAGAAAUUAGAUCUGACUUUUGCUACGUGUUGGUUCAAUGUUACUUUCAGUUUUCCUGUUAGUCAUCUCAGAUUUACAGGAAGAGAGAGGGCGGGGGGUGAAACACACACGGAUUACCUGAGAAGGUCCCAGGAACGGAAGCACCCAGGGGUGGAAGACAGGCAGCUUAGGUCGAUUGAGCGGCUCACAGGAAGUCUCAGUAAAAGUCCAUUGACCCAGUAGCGGUUGGGAAAAAAUCUCCCACUAUGAGCGAAGAAGAAUUCAAAGCUGCUGUCCAAGAAGGAAACCUUAGAAAAGCAGCUUCGAUAGCGCAGCAGAUGAUCAAGUCACCCAGAUUAUUCGAAAUUGCUGUCAUCGGGGAGUCGGGCUCUGGAAAGUCAUCGUUUGUCAAUGCCUUCCUGGGCUUAGCUGAUGGUGAUAUAGGAGCCGCUGAGGUCGGGGUGGUGGAAACGACCGUGUGGUCAACCAUGUAUUCACAUCCUGAAUACCCUAAUGUUUUCUUAUGGGACCUUCCAGGAAUCGGAACGCCAAAUUUUCAGUCAAUUGAACACAAGAUGACUGAUAAAUACUUGUCAGGAUAUGAUUUUUUCCUUAUUGUCACUGCUACACGCUUCAGAGAUAUUCAUGCCAACCUUGCACAGAAGAUCCAGGAGAACAUGAAGAAGUUUUAUUUUGUACGCUCCAAAGUGGACCAAGACUUGGGGGCUGAAAAGAGAAAAAUAAACUAUAGUGAGGUGAGAACCCUGCAACAGAUCAGAGAGGACUGCAAAGCCCAUCUGCAAAGAGCAGGGGUGAAUGACCCUCAGGUUUUUCUCCUCUCCAACUGGGAAUCUGACAAGCACGAUUUUCCCCUCCUGAAGGAAACUCUGGGUAAAGAACUCUGCCAUGCUAUGUUGCAAAAGCUGCUCGAUACCUCAUGCUCGACCCUGCAAGAGAAGAAAACAGCCAUGCAGAAGACCACAUGUAAUCCAGCUACCUUGUCGGGCGGUCCUGGUGCUAUUCCUCUUCCGGGUCUUUCUCUUGUUGCUGACAUUGCUAUCUUGGUGGGUUGCAUGAGAGAUUACUGCAAGAAUUUUGGCCUGAAUUCUGACUCCCUCACUGCACUCGCUGAACAGGUUGGGAAGCGGGAGAAAGAUCUGAAGGCCGUGAUAAGUUCUCCACUGGUCACAGAAAUAACUACUGACCUUGUACUGAAGCUGCUGGAAAAGUCUGCAGGUGAGGGAGUGAUGUAUCUGACUUACUUUGCCUGGACUAUGCCAGUGGUCGGGUCACUGUUUUCUGCACAGGUUUCUUUUGGCACAACAAAGUUUAUGCUGGAUAACUUUAUAAGCAACCUUGCUGAAGAUACCCAAAGAGUCUUGGCAAAGGCUUUGGAGGGAGAAGAGAAAAAGUCAAAACAACAUCACCAAGAAAUCAAGUUGCCUGUAAUGCAUGAAAAAAACCCAACCAAUCCAAUCUCAGCUGGAGGCAGGUGUGACACUGGCCGACCAGGUGCCAGCUCAUGCCAGGACUCUAGGCCUCAGCCCUGACAAAUUCAGAGCUGGAAACCAGUCUGUGUGUGAGGAUUGUUAAUAUAGAUGUUAAGCUUACAAAAAUGUGUUCAGACUUUAGGAAAUGCUUGUGAGUUGCGGCCUGCCUUAAUUUCACUUUUUAUGCCUCAAUCCCCUGUGUUAGGUGAGAAAAGCUAAACAAGAGGCAGUUAUGCCAACCGAACCCAAGUCAGGCCAAGAGAGGCUGCUGGGAAAGUCUCUGAAAGUAGAAUGAAGGAAUAUUUGUUUAAGUUACAGAGAGUGAGAAAAAAAGGGAGGCCUGCAUUCCUGCAGUUUUGUACCAGAUGUGCUGGGAACAAUCCUUGAGAUACAGAGGCGCUGUUUUCCACUCCCUGUUCUUGUGUUAUGUCUGUUUUAACUCCUCAUCUCCUGGUUGACACCCAUUCCGAUAAGAAAGUUAGUGAAGCACUGUGAUUUGCUAAAAGUUAUCUACAAUAAGGGGGGGUAGAUGUGCAUGCAUACAGAGAAAGAGGAUUUUAACUAAUAUGGUGGGGGGGGGCUGCUUUAUGAAUAAAUCUGUGACGCGACGGGACUGUCUAUAAAAACCUAUGAGUUUUACUUAGAGGCUGGCUGGUUCUCUUUGGAGACGGGCAGCUCUCUAUUGUUGCGUGCACUCUUCAAUAAAGAGCUUUGAGUUCGGA